GUGCUCUCUGGAGUACAUCGGAGCAUGCGACGCGAACAAACCUUGUGUCUUCUCUGUAAACAAACCUUCAGUGUACACUUUCUGAACUAGUUCAGCCAAUUCAGCUAAAAAGAACUAAUCUUAUAUAUAAGACAAAAUUGCGACUGAUUUAUUUAUUAUAAACUAUCUGUGAGAAUAAUAAAAAAAUGUUGUUGAAACAAAUUGCUAAUAGCAUCAAGUCGCAUGCUACAGCGCGAUGGUUUACUUGUAGCAGUAUUACACAAGAAACUAAAAUGGACAAAAUUGCUGCACAAAGGAACACUGAAAAUGUCAAAAAAACUAAUAAUGUUUUGGGAUCACGUAUGCAUCGUGUGACUAAUUUUGAUAAGAGAGUACUAGUUUGGGUGAAACGAUAUCCAAGUAUUGCAGAUGUUCCUGAAGAUGUUACAGUGGAUUGUUUACUUACUGCAAGGAGUAAAGCACGAAUUAAGACCUGUAAUUAUAUGAUUAUUGCUACUUUAAUUGGUUGUAUAUGUGCUGUAAUACUUGGAAAAAAACAAGCUGCAAGAGGAGAAACUUUAGGUAAACAAAGAGAGGAUUGGCUUAAGGAAAUAUUAGCGCAGGAGAAAAAUAAAUAAAUAUGUAAAUGUAGAAAAAUGUAGAGAAUAUAAAUUAGAAAUGGUGUGUGUGUGUGUAUACAUACAGAGUGUUUCAUAAGUAGUGGGCAAAAUUUCAGGAAUGGAUUCCUCUUGCUUAAAGAAGAAAAAAAAGUUAAUCAACAUAGGUCCGGAAAUGAUUAGUUUUUGAGUUAUUAAGAUUUUUGUAAUACAAAAUUUUGUCUCAUUUCUCAUCUUAGAAAUCCUUUUACAGGCCUCAACAAUGUUUUUCAAGUUCGGCAACAUUGUUGAUGCCUAUAAAAGAACUUCUAAGACGAGAAAUAAGACAAAAUUUUGUAUUACAAAAAUCUUAAUAACUCAAAAAUUAAUCAUUUCCGGACCUAUAUUGAUUAACUUUUUUUUUCAUCUCUAAGCAUGAGGAAUCCAUUCCUGAAAUUUUGCCCAUUACUUAUAAAACACCCUGUAUAUAUGUAUGUAUAUACAUGAAGUAAAUUUUUUUGAAAGAUACAAAUAUAAU